GUCGUGGUUGCAACCACAGGGCGUAGCGUUCUCAACAGGAGCUGCAUACCUGGGCACCUGGGCACCUGGGCACCUGGGAACUUAAGUACCUAGGUCUCUUUGACCACCGUCAGUCAACGUCCUCGCACAAAGCAGGACCAGGUUGCCAGGGCCGGCUUCGCACCGUCACGAUGCACUGUCCACUGUCCUCGGUCCCCACCGUCCCACUGUUCUGGCCCAUCCCGGCUAAUGCAGCCCAUCCCACUCUUCCCUUUGGGCGAGCGUCAAUGAAUCGGCCAGGCCCAGGGAAUAAUGAACUAACAGCCCGGCAUGUUGGUGAGGAGGGAGUGGGAAGGCAGCAAGGAGAGGGCACGCCACGGGCCGCCCUCAUCGUGCACUCCUCAUCGUGCACUUCCGCUGCACCGCUGCACCGCUGCACCACCACGUCCUUUUUUUUCCCUCCCAGCUGCCCCAAGCCUUCCUUCCCCAUCCUCGUGACCGCCCUUUCCGCGCCCCUUGUGCCCUCUCUGUCCGCCUCGUCAGCUCCCCUGCCCUCGCUGCCCUCGCUGCCCUCGCUGCCCUCCUGAUCAUCGUCUCUCGAGAGCCGCCGCUGCUCCGGCCAGCAUUUUCUGCCUCGUGUUUCUGCAAGGCCCGCCCACCACCCAUGGAACUCGACGGCACCACCUACUUGUCAGAGUCUCGCCACAUCGACGCCUGGAUAUAGCACUUGAGGACCAGCCUGGCGAGAGCCUGCCCCUGCCUUUUAAUCCCCGACGCCCUCGCCAACUCUUGCCCGCCCACCACACAACCAUUCCUGGCCCCCGUCUUGGUGUACAACACACACAAGUAUGACGCAACCGACGCAGUCCCGCAGGCGCUUUGCUCCUGUGCCCAUUGAAACCACCUUCAAGGAGCACCGCAGGGGCGGCCCGGCCGCUGAACCCACCCCCGAGCCCUCCCCGACCUCCGCCUCCCCCUCCUCGCCUCCGCCUCCCGUCCACGUAGCCCACCACGAGACCCAGACGGUCGCCCGGGAAAAGCGCCGCUUCGCCCCGCAGCUCCUCGAGUCGAGCCGGAGGUCGCGCAGGGCCGGCGAUGUCGGCCCGGCCACCAGGCCAGCCGACAAGACCGACAUCACCCCCUAUGCCAAGCACAUUUACUCCCUGACCUCCAAGAAGAAACACAACCGCCGCCCCGGACACGCCAGGAGAGAGUCCUGCGAUGACGAGAUUGCCGACCAUGUCUUCGACCUCAACAAGCUGGAUGCGCAGAGGCGCCUGGAGGAGGCCAUGUCUGCCUUUCCCAACAGCACCGUCAGGCUGGGUGGCGCUGAGCACUUCUUCCUGCGGGAAGGCUCCGAGGAUGACGAUGAUGUCCCCCGCGGGAGGGGCAAGACGCGCGGCGCCGGCAACAAGGAGUCGCGGAGGGACUCCUCCGAGGACAACGUGAACUGGAUGGUCAAGGAGAUGCAGAAACAUGCCGGCCAGCUGGCUGCUGAGAGGGGCGCCGGCGGGAGUGUCGCCAACGAUCUCGACGACCUCGACUCUGCCUCCGCGAGAAGCGAUGGGCCCCCCGACAACACAUUCGCCUUUACAAACAAUGCCCGCCACACCACGCGCGGCUCGACGGGGCCGCUGAGCCCCAUUGGCGAGCUCGGAGACCCCCUGGGCUCCCACCCCAGCAAAUCGGCUGAGCCCUCAUACUUUGGCCCUGCCUCCUCGUACGAUGCUCAGGCCCCCGCGCAGCGAACGGGCGAGUCCGCCAUGCCCUACGUCCCGUCCGCGCCACCUCCCAGGACGGCCGACGUCGAUAUGCCUGACGCACCGCCAGCGCGGCCCGCUGCUGCACCGGCCUCCCAGAUCCCCCCAGAGACCGGCUUCGCUCGCCCUCGGGGCGCCUUCGGUCGCUUCUAUGGCUACCAGAACCAGGCACAGGACAAGGCCGCCGAGAAGGAACUAUUCCGCUUGAGGGCGCGGCAAAGCCCCCCGAUGGCCGGCAAGGACCUGACCUUCCGCAUGUGCCCGUCCCCCAAGCAGACCAAGCUCGACCCUGAGCAGAAGUGGGACACGGCCCUUGGCGGCCAUGUCGAGCCCAACCGGGACUCCACGGGCCAGCACGGGCUCUGGAGGGGCUACUGCUUCACCCAGAACAAGGGUGGCGAGGCCCUGGCCCCCUCCCCCCGGCCAGCCAUGAUCAUGACGCCCAUGGCGCCCAUGACGCCUUACGAACACAGCGAUCCUUAUGCCGCCACAAACGGGACGCUGGCCCCCUUCCCCGUAUCUGCCGAGCCGACACCUGUGGCCUCCGGCCAGGCUACCGCUGUUCCCACCACCUCGGAACACCGCUCGCGCGCUGGCGAGCCCAAGGGCCUUCACAUGCUCAUGGGCCUGGAGCAGCGCCUGCAGAAGGAGGUGGCGGUGGCCGACCUUGAGGAGCGGAUCGCCUCAGAGUUUGACGAUGCGUUCGUCACUCAGGUGUACAACUACCUCAGCCUCGGAUACCCCGCCACCGCACGGGCAUACGACGAGGAGCUGUCCAAGAUCAGCCAGAUCCCAACUGAGGAGCUCGAGCAGGAGGACGACACGGUCAUGGACGGGAUCGGCAGCAGGGCCAAGGGACACAUGAAGAUCAGCAUGGACCUGGACAUGCAGGAAGACAAGCGUUGCCCGCGGUGGAAGGCGCUCAAGAAGUACAUCUUUGAAUGGGCCAGGCAGCAUCCGGACCUGGACAGCAUCACGCCCUUGGCAUGGGGUGUGGUGCAGAGGAGAGGCAGCUGGGGGAUCUGAGUGUCCACGGCUUCAUUGCGAUCCUCGGCAGGAGAAGCCCAGGGCACGCACGCCGUGGCCUGCCUUCCACAUUGUGCUGCGUUGCUUUUGAGAGCUCUUGGUAUGUUGGGCAUGUCGGAGUUGAGGGACUUAGUGAGGGAUGUUGUAUGGGCAUAGCAGACUAGCAAGUGUGGGUUUCAACGCACCGACGGACGGGGCUGAUGUACCUGGGCAUGUAGCAGCAAGGCAGCACCAGCCUGGUUCAGUAUGGCAGACGGUACAGGUAUGGGCAUCGGGACAGGCAUAGCGAGGGAACUUUGGCUUUCAGAGAUGCAGUCUGAAUGAAGACUUGAUCAAACCGA